GGCCAAAAUUUGAAGCGUUGAAAAAUCACAAGGCAGAGCGAAAUUAUUCGCUUCAAAUCGAAGGAACAAUGAUGUUCCUUUCUCUUUAACAUCGAAGAAACACUGAUAUCGAUUGAGGAAGGUACAACAGGAGCGGCAUCACCAAUAUCAGACGAUUACGUCCAAACCAACACCGCUUCUGACUGUACGCUUUCUCACCUAAACUUCGAUCCAAAGACACUCCCUUCAGAUCUCUCUCCCCCUACUUCACAUUUUAUUCUCCUUUGCUUCCUUCACACUCUCUGUUUGUCAACCGUUCUCAGGUAAAGUUGGCGUUUCUAGUUUUGAUCUGAGCUACUAUAGCAGAGUGACUAUCUAGAAGCUUAGGAGAAGCUGCUUCUGUUGGUUUAGGAAACCAGUACAUAUCUGCCUGUCUUGUGUGAGCGUGAAGACGACUAUAUCUACUAAUUGUUUGUUUAUUCUGUUGUGAUUGGACAACUUUGAUUAUGAAGAAAGGUCCCCUGCCUGAACUGUGGUUCAGGUGCUAGCUGUUUUAUGCACCUAAGUGAACUUGUAUUGUUUAAUCUGGUACCAAGUGGUGAAUCAAUUGGUCAUCAGUUGGCUUGAUUCGUCUAGAGCACAUAAAUGGCUCACUAUACAGAUCGAAAUGGUGCAAGGGAGCUUGGAUUCAAAAAAGUUUGACCUGAGGGAUACUCACAACAUCGACAAUAAAAUCCUGGGCUUUUGUAUGAGUAGAGAGCUUUCAUUUUCUCGUUGGUGUGAUGAAGAUUCAAGGGUCCAUUUGGAUCAACAAUUAAGUAAUGCAGAUGCUAGCCGAGAGGAAGCCAGAGAUUCUGAUUUUGAAUUGCCUUUUAUUGACACAGAUCAGCUGCAAAUAAGGUAUCAGCAUAAGGGUAUGCAUAUGAAUGGUGUUGGCACCAUGGGUGAUGAUACUGUUUAUCUGAAUGGUAAUGGAUCUGAGAAGUAUGUUCCUUUAGACAUUGAAAAUGGGGCUGCAAGGCAAAAAGUUGGUGACUCUACCGUUUCUCUAGCUAGGCAUGGAUCAUUGAGAGGAAGCUCAGCAAAUCUUGUUUCUGCUGCAGAUAUUCUAAAGACAUUGUUUUUCAUACUUUUAUGGUACACUUUCAGCCUCUUUUUGACCCUGUACAAUAAAAGUCUGUUAGGUGACACUAUGGGAAAGUUUCCAGCUCCUUUCCUGAUGAAUACUAUCCACUUUGCAAUGCAAGCUGUGUUUUCAAACUUUAUCACUUGGUUUUGGUCUCAUAGAUUCCAAACUAGUGUUUCUAUGUCUUGGAGGGAUUACUUAUGGCGAGUUGUACCAACUGCUCUAGGGACAGCAUUGGAUAUUAACUUGAGCAAUGCUUCUCUUGUUUUCAUCUCUGUCACUUUUGCUACAAUGUGUAAAUCUGCUGCUCCAAUUUUUCUCCUUCUAUUUGCUUUUGCUUUCAGGUUGGAGACUCCAAGCUUUAAACUGUCAGGCAUCAUCUUAGUUAUCUCCAUUGGUAUAUUACUAACAGUUGCAAAAGAGACAGAAUUUGAAUUUUGGGGAUUUGUACUUGUUAUGCUUGCUGCUGUUAUGUCUGGGUUCCGUUGGUGCAUGACUCAGAUCCUUCUGCAGAAAGAAGCCUAUGGGAUAAAAAAUCCGCUUACCUUGAUGAGCUAUGUAACCCCAGUAAUGGCAGGGGCAACUGCUCUUCUCUCUCUUGCAUUGGAUCCAUGGGGGGAAUUCAGGCAAAAUGAAUAUUUUAAUAGUCCAUGGCAUAUUACUCAGAGUUGUUUACUGAUGCUUUUAGGUGGCGCACUUGCUUUUCUUAUGGUAUUAACAGAGUAUGUUCUUGUCUCAGUAACUAGUGCGGUCACAGUUACAAUAGCUGGGGUUGUAAAGGAGGCUGUCACCAUAUUGGUUGCUGUCCUGUACUUUCAUGAUCAAUUUACUUGGUUGAAAGGACUUGGUCUCUUCACUAUCAUUGUUGGUGUUAGUUUAUUCAAUUGGUACAAAUAUUGGAAGCUUCAGAAGGGUGAAGCAGGUGAAGAGCAUGUGGGUGGGACCUUCAAAACAGAUUCGGCUACAAAGUAUGUUAUCCUUGAUGAGAUGGAUGAGCAAGAAGAGAGUUCCUGAUUUAUGAAGUCAUUGUUAAAAACCAUCGUUCAAAAGUAAGUCACUUCAUGAUUUAUUGAUGUUGAUGACUGGAAUCCUAAUUUCUUUGGCCAAGGCUGGAAUCAUCACAGACGCUUCAAAAAAUUUUCUGCUUUUUUUCCUAUAAAUUGACAACCUUGUGUCUUGCAUGAUUAUGAUACGUAUAGAAAAAGAUGGAUUGAUUCUUGAAAGAAGCUUUAGAGUUGCUUGAUA